UGGGCUCUGCCGGUACUGGGGUGUCGCUGCUGCCUCUGUGCCGGGGGAGGGGCCGUCAGCGCACCUCUGGCUUCAGCGGGGGAAAGGUCUGGGAGGUUGUUCCCCAAAAAGGCGGUAGCAGCUCCCCCGAGGCUACAGGGCCUCCACGAUGAGGCCAUUGGCAUCGCCACUAUCCUUCGGACUUGACCCUGCUGAGAUUUUGAGUUUGAGGCAAAGAAUGUGCCCUGAAUGGAAGAGGGGCAGCCUUCCCCCAGCCCUAGCCUCUCCCUGAAUGGGGAUGUGCAUAAAAUGGGACCGGGAGCUCAACCACACCUGUCUUUUACAUAAUCCGAGCAACAAGGAAUUCUGCAUAAUGAAAAUGAUUGAGAAUGUUGACUCUGUAGUGACUAGGUCAAGCCAGGACCUAUGGGCUGAAAUCUGUUCAUGUCUGCCAGAUCCAGACCAGAAAGAUGACUUUAGUGAUGCUUUUACAGAUUCCUUCACAGAUUCUUACAUCAGUGGAGAAAGCCAGGAUGAAGAACCAGCUGGUUCUUUCCAAGCAAAUCUGAAGCCCUGGGCACCUCUGAAAGAUUCUGAGAUAUAUUUAGCAUCACUAGAGAGAAGACUGAUGAGAAUUAAGGGUUUGUCUCAGGAAGUGACCUCCAAGGAUAUGCUGCAUACUCUGGCCCAAGCAAAGAAGGAAUGCUGGGAUAGGUUCCUGCAGGAAAAGUUUGAAUCUGAAUUUUAUGUGGAGGGACAUGAAUAUGAAGAGAGCACCCUGGAACAUUUAAAGCGGUGGCUGCAGCCUGAUAAAGUGGCAAUCAGUACUGAAGAGGUACAGUACCUGAUUCCCCCAGAGUCCCAUAUAGAGAAGCAAGAAACUGGGGAAGAGUCUCCAGCAGCAGAACAAUGAAAUGCACUCCAACCAUGCGAAGCAGCUGUCCAAGGACUGAUGGAGCUGCAUUUAGUGGCAGUAAUAAAAGGGCAGGGUGAGGAAUUGCCAAUUUUCGGUCAGCAAGGGAAAGAGCUGUGGACAUCCAGAGGAUAGAAUUGCAUUUUUUAAUCGACAGGAGUGAAGUGUCCUGCAACUUUGUGCAUGCUGGACUUAAAUCUUGUUUUUAUCUACGUGGUUUUCCAUCUUGUAGCAAAACAAUCAUUCCAGUUUAAAAAAAAAUAAUUGUUUGUAAGUCACAAAAAGAAGCUGGUCAAAAAGGGUGAUAUCCUAGAAUAGCGCAGCUAAAACUCAAAAGACAGACAUUUCUUCCUCCUUUCUUGUACCCUCUCUUUGUGGCUAUAUCUUUCCUGUUGCUAGCUUCACGGGCUUUACUCGUUGAUUUGUUACAACAAAUCUGCUGUAAAGUUAUCUGUAGAACUCCACAAUUUGUGCUUGAGUUGGCUCUAAACUUUAUCCUGGAGAGAUGAGAAACAUUUGCCCUGUUUGGAUUUGGUGCAAACUAAAUGGCACCGUACUCUCCAAUGACAAUUACCAAAGCCUGUUUAACAUUCUUCUCUUUAUAAUGUACCAGCAUGGAAUAUCACAUUUAUUGGACCUUCAGACAGUCUUGUUUGAAAAGAAGUGUUCCUCUACUUUUUUUCUUCUGCUUGAUUUGUUUCCCUCCCCGAGAGGGGCAGGUUAGAUUCUAAAUCAGUGGAAGUGACAACUGCUCAAUGGAUUGUUUUCAUGUUAAAUAAUUCUUUGUGAGUCUUACAUUAAGCCUGUUUGUAUAGAUACUUGAUCUGUUUUAUCUGCAGCAAAUUGUCCCCCAUCAUUACUCAGAGGGUCUGUAAUCCUGACCUUUGUAUGAGGCUGACUCUUAUAAUUAUUAUAUAGUAGCUGCAGUUUCUUAUAUGAUAUCAACAGCAUAAAGCAAUAGAGAGCAAUGGCUUACAUCUUCUGCUGGGUUCCUAAAACUGUAGUGAUUAGUUCUAAUACUUUAUACCGAUGUAGAUGUUCUGUAGCAAAUAUGGAUCUGUGAAAUGCACUUGCAAACCAGCUUCUUGAAAUACCUACCACUGUUUCCAUGUCUCUAUAAUUGAGUGGUGCUAUUGUCUCUUUAUUCGAGCCAUGGUUUUACUGCUACUUCUGAGCAGGAAGUCCAACAGGAUGACUUGGGACUCGUCUAAAUGGGGAAAUUUACCUGCAAAACUAUAUCACUAUAGUUACGCCAGUAUAAGUCCCUGCAUGAACACUCUUAUUACAGAAUAAGUGUCCACAUGGGAAAUUAUACCAGUAUAACUAUAUACAUACCGGUACAGAAGUAUACCAGUAUAAUUAUGUCAGUAAACUUCCCCAUGUAGACAUGGGAAAUACAGCUCAUUGUUUGAACAUAUAGAGCUGAGUCUUUUAUUGGCCCACAGCUGGGAAGAAUUUACAGUAUUAGUGCCAGUGAAAACCCAGACUUAAGUCUCCUUCAAUGCAAAACUACUUAUUUGAAAGAAUCAGACAAGCAGCAAAAAGGUUAUACACCGCUUCUUCCUAAUAAGCCUCAAUUCCCCAAGCAUAAACUCUUAGUAACUGUGUUGGCCCUAUGCAUUAUCCUGAUUGGCAAAUAAAGCAGGUAUAGCUACCAGUUCUAGAUGGAGACUUCUUUUCCUUUUCUUCUCAAGCACUUGAUCUGUCAAAUGUCCCUGGGGCAGGGUGUUGGCUACCCUGAAACCCUGUGGUCCAAAAGUCUCUUAAAAGUCCCUCGCAGUAGGCUAUUGGCUAUAGUGGCAAUCCUACAGCAUCACAAGGCUCCUCGGAUAUUAGUUGGGGUGGCAAUGGCAUGUAUGAUUAUUCGCCAGUACUUAUACUUAUCUCCAAGGAGUCACAUGUCCCCCAAAUAUGCCGUGUUGGCAUUUCAUAACUUUUUUUUUUUCUGCUUAAUAGUUUUGGAAGGGACUACAGGGCCAGACUGAAGGCCAACUAACAUUUACCUUCUCAUCAAUCAUUCACCUCAGCUGUUUGUUGUGCUGUCCUAAGGAGUCAGUUGACCCAAGUCAGUUAGUACCAAGUCCACCAUCUAUAUGUUUUCUGCAUUUUCUAGGUGGUCUGACCAUUGACUGACCAUGACAGUUCUUCCAGAUCAGCACAAAUACACAGAGCCCCGAUUAAACAUCUAAAGUACAUAGUUGUGUCAGCAUCCAAAUACAAGUUCAGCACUCUCACUUAGUAACUUUCCAUACCACCUGUCUGAUGCUAAGGGAACCCUGAUCACAGAAUCCCCUAGCAAAUGCAGACUUACUAAGCUGUACCAGUCUCAUGUCAAUCACAGUAAUUCAUAAUGGUGAGAUGGUGCUGAAUUAUUAAGGACAGGAGAUGUACAAGAUGUGUUUUUUAAAUUAAAUUUCCACUAUUUAAACUCCCCCAAAUUUAAAA